AUGGGGAAGUCUCAAACAGAAAAUUUGAUUGUAUUUCCAAAAUUCUGGGUCUUCAUCAUCAAGCCAUGUUUUGAAGACCUACUCUCUUACCCACCAUCUUCUCCUCACCAUGAGCUUGCACCACCUACAUCACUUAUACCCACUUCUCCUAUUUCUACUUCACCAUCUGUACCUUCCACCUCACCUCCUCCUCUUCUUGCUAGCCUAGCCAUUAUCAUAGUUCCCCAACCUACUCCUUCCCUAACUCUUCUACCCAUUUCUCAGACUAUCUCUCCACUUUCUCAGUUUCCCCCUCUCCCUAUUCCCCUUACUUUGCCUACUUCUUCCCCACCUUCUAAUGGUGACAAAAGGGGGCAGAAGGAAUCUGUUUAG